AGUGAGGACAUUUUUGACAAGUGAGGACAUUUAGGCCAGUCCUCACAAGUUUUUCAUUCUAAAGUGUGUGUAUGUGUGUGUGUUUGUAUGACUCUUCUUGUGAGGACCACUGUGGUUAUAAGACCAACGUAGUGGGGACAUUUUUGACAAGUGAGGACAUUUAGGCCAGUCCUCACAAGUUUUUCAUUCUAAAGUGUGUGUGUGUGUGUUUGUAUGACUAUUCUUGUGAGGACCACUGUGAUUACAAGACCAACGUAGUGAGGACAUUUUUGACAAGUGAGGACAUUUAGGCCAGUCCUCACAAGUUUUUCAUUCUAAAGUGUGUGUAUGUGUGUGUGUUUGUAUGACUCUUCUUGUGAGGACCACUGUGGUUAUAAGACCAACGUAGUGGGGACAUUUUUGACAAGUGAGGACAUUUAGGCCAGUCCUCACAAGUUUUUCAUUCUAAAGUGUGUGUGUGUGUGUUUGUAUGACUAUUCUUGUGAGGACCACUGUGAUUACAAGACCAACGUAGUGAGGACAUUUUUGACAAGUGAGGACAUUUAGGCCAGUCCUCACAAGUUUUUCAUUCUAAAGUGUGUGUGUGUGUGUGUGUGUUUGUAUGACUAUUCUUGUGAGGACCACUGUGAUUAUAAGACCAACGUAGUGAGGACAUUUUUGACAAGUGAGGACACUUAGGCCAGUCCUCACAAGUUUUUCAUUCUAAAGUGUGUGUGUGUGUGUGUGUGUAUAGCUACAGAUAUAUUGCAUAAUCACGUUCAGGAAAAUAUGCACUUUCAUAGAUGCACACGUGCAGCUGAUGAAGCGUCGUGAUUUGUUUUUUUUUUUAUGUCAUCGACAAUCCAUCAUCAGAGUGUCACGCCCCUAAAAUUGAACAUUAAAAAAAAAAUAAUAAUAAACUUUCUGUCCAACCAGAAGCUGUGUGUGUGUUGGAUGCAGGAUGUUUAUGAUGAGAUGCAGGUUCUCAGUUCCCUCCUGCAAAAUGCGCACAAACACGUACUGUGUAUAUGCACACACACACACACACACACACACUUUCGAUCUCUGUCACUCACUUUCAUUGGAAGCCCACACCCCACCGAUAGACAAAGCGCGUCUUUCAAAAUGAUUACAAAACUCGACAGGUGAGCAAAACAAACGUUUUCAUCUUCUUCUUUGCAUCCACCCUGCCUUUUAACAUUUGGAUCCAACCCGUUGAUUCUAUUCAAUAUUUUUCCAUUUCAUUUUUGUGCAUUGGUUGUUGUAAUUCGGUCACAAUCGAGUCUACUAAGCUGAUCCCCCGGAGGGUGACGCUUCAUUUUCAGACUGUUCAAAACGACCUUGAACCUGUCGAGGUUUCGGUCUUAGUGAGUCAUGACGACCCGCUUUCAACGAAACGAGUGAAAGGGACACCUUCUUACCGGCCGUUACUUGCUUUUGGUUCACCGCAAGUUUUUCACACACAAAAUGAAAAUUAAUAAUAAUAAUGUGCAGAUGAGUUUUAUUGAUGGACGUGCAUUUCAUUGACGCAUUGAGUUGUUUAUGGAAUUGGGGGAAAAGUACUUUGCCGAUUUAUAACUUUGUGGCAGAGUUCCAAAAAAAAAAAAAAGGGAAGUUAUAAUUAGGCCACCGAGCGCUGCGUAAAUAUCAAUCAACUGAACUUUAUCCAACUUGUAUACUGGACUGAACGCUGAUGUGGAUGUCCCCCCCCCCUUUUUGCGCCAGUAUGUUUUUGCCCCCCAAAAAGUUCAUCUACCACUACAAGAACAUGCGCUGGGCAAAGGGCCGCAACGAAACCUACCUGUGCUUUGUGGUGAAGAGGCGAGUGGGGCCAAACACCUUGACCUUUGACUUUGGACACCUGCGUAAUCGAAACGGCUGCCACGUAGAGUUGCUGUUUUUACGUUACCUGGGAGUCCUGUGCCCCGGAGUCUGGGGUAGCGGAGAGGCGGGCCAGAGGAGACUCAGCUACUCCAUCACUUGGUUCUGCUCCUGGUCUCCCUGCGCAAAGUGCUCCGUCGCUCUGUCCCAGUUCCUGAGCCGGAUGCCCAACCUUCGGCUCAGGAUCUUUGUGGCCCGCCUCUACUUCUGUGACAUGGAGGACAGCCACGAGAGAGAGGGCCUGCGACUGUUACAGGAAGCGGGAGUGCAAGUCACAGUCAUGAGCUACAAAGACUACUAUUACUGCUGGCAGACCUUUGUGGAUCGCAAGAAAAGCCACUUCAAGGCUUGGGAUGACCUUCAUCAGAAUUCUGUCAGACUGUCCAGGAAACUCAAUCGCAUCCUGCAGCCCUGUGAGAUGGAUUUAAGAGAUGCCUUCAAGCUUCUUGGAUUGUGAAACGUUAUCUGCGGUGGCCCCUCGCUACGAUUGCUGGCUCGAGACUGCCAAAGGAACAAAAACUGCUUUCGUUGUAGCAAGGCUUGAAAGAACAUUGCUUGCUUGUUUGUUGUGUCUGUGCAGCGUGGCCAGACUAAAUAAAUGAUCUACCCUGUUA